AUGGCGUCUCUUGACCCCUCCGCGGGGAGCCAGGGCCCUGGCCACAGUCAAGCGGUCUCGGAGCCCUCCUCCUCCCGGGUCGUCUCCAAGCCCGUGCCCUCUUCCCAGGAAACCGAUCCUCGCGGUUACCAGCUAUCCCAGCUACGCCGCCGGUUUAAUCCCAAGGAGACAAACCUUCCGAACGGUGGCACGCGCCUCCUCUUCAAGCUUGCCCCCUCGGACCCAGACUUCCCCUUCGACCUUGACUAUCUCGAGUGUGAGGUGGCCGUGCCCGGUGAUUACCCCAAGGGGUCGUCCAGGCCCGCGCUCGCCGUCAAGAACAGCAACAUCCCCCGCGGGUUUGCCAUCAACAUUGAGCGCGGUUGGGAGAAGCUCGUCGAGGAGAAGAAGACCUCGACGCUCCUCUCGCUCAUGAACAUGCUAGACAAGAAUUUGGAAAGUUUCUUGUCUGAGCAAAAGGCGGAAACGGUCAAGAUCAUGGCCUUCAGAGAUACGAGGCACCUCGAUCAGCUCCCUUCCGCACCUCUGGCGAACACGGCGGCGUCGACAAAGUCGACGACACCCGCCAAGGCCCGGGCCCGAGCAGCAAGCGGCGGCUCCCAAGCCCCGGAGCUUCUACAGAGAGCCGUCCUUUACCAAGGACCAGAUAUCUGA